AUGACAGCCUCCAAUAUUACCACAACCCAUCCAGCUUCCUUCCUGCUGGUAGGAAUUCCAGGUUUGGAGCACCUGCAUGUCUGGAUCUCUAUUCCAUUCUGCUUUGCCUAUUCUCUGGCCCUGCUAGGCAACUGCACCCUUCUCUUCGUCAUCCAGGCUAAUGCAGCCCUCCACGAGCCCAUGUACCUCUUUCUGGCCAUGCUGGCAGCCAUUGAUCUGGUCCUCUCUUCUACAACACUUCCCAAAAUGCUAGCUAUUUUUUGGUUCAGAGAUCGGGAGAUCAACUUCUAUGCCUGUCUGGUCCAGAUGUUCUUUCUCCACUCCUUCUCUAUCAUGGAGUCAGCAGUGCUGCUGGCCAUGGCCUUCGACCGCUAUGUGGCCAUCUGCAAGCCACUGCACUACACCACGGUCCUGACUGGGUCCCUUAUCACCAAGGUUGGCAUGGCUGCUGUGACUCGGGCUGUGGCACUAAUGACUCCACUCCCCUUUCUCCUCAGACGCAAUGCUUCUGCCAAACCAUAUGUGGACUUAGAAUACCUCAUCUACCAUCAUGGUAUUCCACAUAGUAUUGCUUCUGAUAGGAACUCCAUGCAGAGGAAAUGUGGCAAAGGACCCAAUGUUAUGGAAUACACUGGAAGUGGGAAGGUUACAAGUGCAGGUAGAAUUCCCUCAACCCCUGAACAGAAUGCUUAUAAGUGCCAGGCCUCAGUGGCACUUGCAGAGCCCCAGGCUCUUGCUGACACUACCCAGCAGAGCAUGCACACUUUUCAAAAUGCCUGCUCAGUACCCAGCUCCUUCCAGCUCACCGGCAUCCCAGGGCUGGAGUCCCUGCAUCUCUGGCUUUCCAUCCCCUUUGGCUCCAUGUACCUGGUUGCUGUGGUGGGAAACAUCACCAUUCUGGCUGUGGUAAAGGUGGAACAUAGCUUGCAUCAGCCAAUGUACUUCUUCCUGUGUAUGCUGGCUAUCAUUGACCUGGUUCUGUCCACUUCUACUAUGCCCAAACUGCUGGGAAUCUUCUGGUUUGGUGCUGGGGACAUUGGUCUAGAUGCCUGCUUGGCCCAAAUGUUCCUGAUCCACUGCUUUGCUACAGUUGAGUCAGGCAUCUUCCUUGCCAUGGCUUUUGACCGCUAUGUGGCCAUUUGCAACCCACUACGUCAUACCACAGUGCUCACCCAUGCUAUGGUAGGACGUUUGGGGCUGGCUGCCCUCAUUCGAGGCAUACUCUACAUCGGACCUCUGCCUUUGAUGAUCCGCCUACGGCUGCCCCUUUACAAGGCUCAUGUCAUCUCACACUCCUACUGUGAGCACAUGGCUGUGGUCACCUUGGCAUGUGGUGACAGUAGGGUCAACAAUGUCUAUGGGUUAAGCAUUGGUUUUUUGGUCCUAAUCCUGGAUUCCAUGGCCAUUGCUGCCUCUUAUGUGAUGAUUUUCCGAGCUGUGAUGGGGCUGGCCACACCUGAGGCCAGAUUUAAAACCCUUGGGACAUGUGGUUCUCACAUCUGUGCCAUUCUGAUCUUUUAUGUUCCUAUUGCCGUUUCUUCUCUCAUUCAUCGAUUUGGUCACCAGGUGCCUCCUCCAAUCCAUACUCUACUGGCUAACUUCUACCUCCUCAUUCCUCCAAUCCUUAAUCCCAUUGUUUAUGCUGUCCGCACCAAACAGAUCCGAGAGCGGCUUCUCCAGAUACUGAAAAUGGAAACUAAGAUCAAGUGA